AUGGUAACUGAUAAUGGAAGGUCAUAUAAUUCUCAAUGGGUGAGUUUCCCUAACCCCAAACCUGGAAAAAAACCCAGGGGCCCUGGAACUGUGGUCCUGAAACUGCAGCUAACACGAGUUUCCAACUAAACCUCAGUCUGAUCCAAAGAUUUAUUGACCCUCUUUGUGAGGAACCGGACCCACAAGAACCUCCAGAACCUGCCCUGGUACCUGCAAGACCCAUUCAAGGACCCCUGGAAACUUCAAGGACCUCUCAAGCACCAGUUUAUUUCUGCUGAUAGACCCUGGAAACGAUUCAAGGUGUCCUGAAAACUGUUGUUAGUGUGUGUGUGUGUGUGUGUGAGGAUGAGGAAUGUAGUGUUCGUAUCACACACACACACACACACAUUCACACACACACACACACACGUUUUUGUGAUCAGCGACCUCUUUCUCUCUAAUGAGGUGAUGGAUGAGCUAUUCUUACUGUGUGUGUGUGUGUGUGUGUGUGUGUGUGUGUGUGUGUGUGUGUGUGUGUUUUAUGUGCCCGGUUGAUGACGUAGGAGGAUGAAUAGGGGGCGGGGCUUUGUCUGACUGGGACAAAGACGGCGGGGGGUCAUUAAACACACACACACACACACACACACACACACACACCUAUCCUGUAGACGAUGUGAGCCCCUGUAGCCCCGCCCCUUUCCACAGGAAAUACUUGCCAAGAACGACCCAGUCGCCGCGGUGACAGUUUACGAGGAGGCGGGACGAGUGAGGUCAGAGUUCAUUAGGUCUGAGAGAGAGAGAGAGAGGAGUCAUGUUUUUAGAUUAGACGGGAUACUGCGCUCUGAUUGGCUGAGAGAUGAUGAUGAUGUCAGAGAUAAAGGUGAGCAGACCCCCUACCUGAUGGUAACCACGGCAACAGGUCAGCUGCUUCAGGCUGCCGGACUCAUGCUUUCUCAAGGAUUCAAGGCACCGAUAUGUCAGAGCAUCCUGAUCGACCUGGAGUUUCUAAGAGGAUUUCAAGAACUUUCCAGGGAUCCUUGGAAGGUAAACUGUGACUGCUGUGAAGAUCUGGUAUCACUUAAGGACCUCCUCAAGGAUUCAAGGCACCUAUUCAGCUCUUUGUGGAUUCUGUUUAAGGAUUCAAGGACACCUGAAACUUCCUCAAGAAUCCUGAUUCAAGGACUUCAGUGGAUUCCAGGACGACUGAACCUUUCAAGGAUCAUUCAGGCCUCCUAAAUGACUUCUUCAAAAACUCCUGGAACACCUUUGUGCUUUUUCAAGGAUAUCAGGACCUUCUUUCAUAGAUCAUUGGAUGCAUUUGUAAUUCCAGGAUCUAUUUCAAGGACAGUAGCAGACCUUCAAUCGAUUAUUUUUGGUCCUCUGUUUCCUGGAACCUUUUCAAGGACUAGCAUAACCUGAUACAUAUGCCCCAAAACAUUAUCAAGGACUUUUGAUAGGACUCCUCAAGGACCUCUAAAGCCCCAUGCCUGGUGUCCAGACUUUUCAAGGACUACAUGAACAUCCUGGACCUCCUCAGCCUUCAAAAGCCUACCCUGACCCUAGCCUGGAACUCUUUCAAGGUAUUGAAGGAGAUAUCCAAGGACUUUAUCAGGCUCAGCCUGGAGGACCAUGUGAGCCACAAUCCUCCUGAAACCACCUCAAGGUGUCCUGGAAGGUCCUGA